AUGAGCACCCAGCAUGGUUAUCGGCCUGUGGCCAACGGCACGCAGAUUGUUGUCUAUGAGUAUCAGCCUAAUAAAGCCGCAGGACUCGUAUUUGUCGCUCUUUUUGGCGCCGUGACCGUUGCCUACAUUGGCUAUAGUCUUAUCUCCUUACGCACGUGGCACUUCAUUUCCUUUCUCCUAGGCGGCAUAUGUACUCUCAGGCGAAGCUCCGGGUACUACGGCCGCGCCGCCUCAGCCAGCGACGCCGCCAGGACAGGUCCCUUCGUCCUCCAAACCAUCCUCCUCCUUGUCGUGGCCCCGCUACUAGCAGCCACAAUCUACAUGACAGCCGGCCGAACACAUUGCGCUGGACAGGCAACGUCACUCCUGGCUUGUCGCCGUGGCCGCUUUCAUAUUCUCUCCUGUGGCUAUGUACAUGACAGGCUUCGGUUGGCGGGCCUUGCUGUCACAGUGACACAUCCAUGGGAGCGUGUCUUUGUUGCUAUUGAGAUUGCGACCGUGUUGCUGCUUGUCCGAAGCGUCGUACGGGAGUUCGAAUAUCUGCAGGGAAGUGGCAGGUUUGUGGUUUCUCAUGAGAUCUUUCUGUAUGUCUUUGAUGCAAUGCUUAUGUGGAUCAUGAUGGCGUUGCUUUUGGUCUUUCAUUCUCGGCGAGUCGUGCAGAAGAUGGGCCGGUUAAAGGAUGAUAACUGCGAUGAAGUCCACCCGGCAUGCGGGCAGUGCACUAGCCACGACGUUGAUUGCGACUUCACGAUCCCACAGUCUGCUCCAUCAGAAAUAACAUCCACAGGUUCCAUCAGAACCCCUGGAGUGGAACUCACAACGCCCUCAUCACAUCAUAGCAUUGUCUUUAUAUCAUCCUCCAAGACGGAUUUCAAAUUACCGAAAAGAAGAUAUCAGCGGCGACCAACGACCACGAAAGAGACAGCCAAGGUAGCGGUCCCUCCUACGCCUACUAAGACUACUUUCCCGCUCAACACGACUGACCUAGAGCUGUUCCAUCAUUAUUUAUCGGUUACCUCGCCGACCUUGGCAGAUGAUGACGCGGGAAUGCAUGCACUCCAGGUAGCUGUCCCGGAAUUAGGGUUUCGCUUCCAUUAUAUCUUGCAUCUGGCUCUGGCCUUUGCGAGCUACCAUAUGGCUCGGUUGCCGGGCAUGGGUGCGCCACAUGGACGCAUCUUGGAAGGCGAUCGUCACUAUAACACUGCUCUCACCCAAGUGAGCGCCUCGAUAGCUGGACUAAACGAAAGCACAUGUCACGCGGUGUAUGGCAGCGCGGUAUUGAUCUGCUUAUGCUCGCUAGCCAAAGGACCCCGAGAGGGGGAAUAUCUUGCCUUCGGUGAUUCCGACUGUGCCGAAUGGCUGACUCUACUGCGAGGAAUCCGAUCUAUAACUGAAGUGUCGCGAGACCUUUUCUACAUAGACCCGGUGUCCAGUCCCAGUUCGGAAACCAGAGAGAGAUUGCUCCACGGCAACCCGCGGAUAUGUCAUGAACACUCGUGGCCCGAAUGGAAAGUGCGCCUCAAAGAGUGCGAGCGAUUGAUUGAGACAGAAUACUAUACUGCCGGUGACGGUAUUCAGCCUGCUGUAUACGUACACGUCCUCACUUGUCUAACCAACGCCUUUCAUUAUGUUUACAGGAAAAUAGAUGUCGGUAGGGGCGAGCGAUGCGCUAAAACAUUCCAGUGGCUUUACCAGCUCCCCGAGGCGUUUGUGUUUGAUCUUCAACAGCGAAAGUGGCCUGCCUUGCUUCUACUAUCGCACUUCCUGGUCCUGCUGCAGCAGCUGAAUUCUUAUUGGUUUGUAGAGGGCUGGCCUGAACAUGUGAUGGGUGAGAUCUACCGGUCCUUCAAUGCGCAACAACGGGUCUGGCUGCAGUGGCCGGCUGGUCAGAUUGGAUGGUGUCCACCAACCACGGCGGAUGAUGCUUAG